GUCACGCCGCAGAUUUCUUAUGUUAGCAGCGCCUACAGUGUUGAUGCUACUUCCAAGCUGUUUGGUUUCAGUAGUUUUAUUAUAGAUUAUAACUAACAUAUGUCAAUAGUUUUCUUUCUGGAUGGCGGGCUUGGCGAUAUCAUCCAAGACACACGGACUCGGAGUCUUUCUCGAGCUAAGAAAAAGGCUUCAAAGUGGAUCUCUUAUACUCGGGAAAGAUGUUGCCGUUAACCCUGCUGAUGUGGUUGUGAGUGGUAGGGAUUCCUCUCUUCACAUCCAGACCCCCGUAGGCGAGGUGACCUUAAAUUUGCCACCAGGAUUCUCCUAUGAGGCGGAAUCUUGCACUGUCACACCGGGGGGAGAAUCCUGCAGAGAGGAGUUACAUUUCAGAUUACGAAUAAGUGUUUCACACUGCAAAAUUGAAGAGACCUCCUCCAGCAUUGUGAACACGAUGCGGGCACAGGAAACGUAUUGCUUCUACUGUCAGACCUGCUCCACUAGGCUACUUGAGGACAGAUCUUUCAAGCGGGUCCUUCCUCUCCCAAACGGCAACUGGAACGCCAUUGUUGACGACUGGUGUUGUCACCCGGAUCCUUUCGCCAACAAGAAGAUGCUGCCUCGAGCAGAGGAUUGUUUACUGGGUGAUACUUUUUUCCUCCUCGCUCGAGAUGGUAGCUGUGAACAGACUCUCCUCCAGGAAGUGAGCCCCGCUGACUCACAGGAUAGUCAAGAUCCAAAGAAAGCGUGCCACAGAAAAACGCUCGUGUCUUGCACAAGCUGUUCUUCAGUGCUUGGAGAGGCACCGACACCAGAUACCCUAAAACUCUACAUUACACAGGUGGUGGUGGAGCCCCGUGUUGGAGAUCGGAAGGCAGAGUCUUUAGUUAACAGAUCUUCCUUCUUGGAGAAGACUGUAGCAGCCAGGCUGACGGAGCUUUCCAAGUCUCUGAGCUCCUUUCGCUUCUCUGUCCAAACACCAAAUGGGAAACCUUUCUUGCUGCUCUGGCUGCUGAACAGCGACUCCAUCAUCGCGUCGAUCCCAGAGUGGUCCGCUAAUCCCUCCAUUUGCCACAAUUCAUCUCCAAGAGCUGCAAGAGCCCUCAAACUCCUCUACGUACGCUGUGCAGACGUGGAUGUCGAGCAGCAACAAAUCAUCGCCAGCUGGGAGGUCAAUGCCACAGGACACCCCGUGGUGCUCCCGCCGAAGGUGUGUGAAGAACUACUACAAGUGUUGGAUGACAGCAACGCCACGCUUCCUGCAUCAAUGCGUCGCAUGAGGGCCUAUGAGGUGGCGUACCUACGGCUGUGAGCACCAAGAAGAGAAGCCUGGAGUUCGGGGACCUACUUUUUUUUUUUUAGACUUGAAUUAGUUUUGCAUUCACAGUUUUUGAAGCAGUCGACGGCGACAUUAAACUAAAUAGAAUGGUAGGAUACGGAAGAUGAUUGAUUCCAUCCAUGAUUACUUGUGAGUAGUCUGCUACAUUUUUUUAAAAUCAAUAAACAGCAUAACAAGCCUUGCGGGUAAAAUAAGGAUUUUAUUUGUAUUUGUACGGCAGACCACGGUGCCGUGUGUGAAUAUUUCAACUGUCUUUGUAUUACAAAAUGAGUUGUGUAUUUUUUACUCCAUCCACCCAACAAAAUAAAUCAUCAUUUCUG